GGUGGAAACGUCAAAGCCUUUUGGUCAACAUAAAGUAGCUUUAAACCUACUUACCGAUACAUAUUUAUACAACAAACCAUAAUGAUUCAAGCAUUGAGGAUAGUGUUCUUUCCGUAGUUAACUCACGUGUAGGGUGUUGAACAGUACGACAAAAGAGUUAGAAGGCUGAGGGACAAAAAGGAGUUUCAUAGACCGUUAACAAUCUUACAUUGAGACCAAGGUGUGAAAUAAAUCAGCAUAUAUAAUCACAAAACUGGAUAUAUAUAUCUACACGUAUUUUCAAAAUGUUAUGGUUAAGUUUAUAUUAUGUGAUAGGCAUUAGUCUAUAUUGGGCACCAGUAGAUGGCGCUGUGACACUUGAGCAAAUUUCCACGGUAUAUUUACCAUUUCUCAUGGAUGACUCCUGGGGCAACAGUUACGAUAUGCUAUGGGACGCGGUAGAGAGGAGUACAUUUGAUACUGAUAAUGGUCUAGUCUACACAGUAGGAGCAACUGGAAUCCUACAUGUUAUCGAUGCAAGAAAUAUAACUAAUUUUACGGUCCUUGCUUCAUAUAAAUUCCAUCCCCAAUGGGAUGGUUCUGAGGCUAAAGAUGUUGAGCUUUGCUCGGGAGGUGUGGUGGCUGUACCUUACCAGAUAAAGAACGCCUUAGAAGAUGGUGGAAAGGUUGCCAUAUUUGCCCCAUAUUCGAGAGAACAAGCAACAUUAGUGAAAAUUAGGGAAAUUAAUGUGGGUACCUUCCCCUCGCAAAUAGUGUUUACAGAAGAUUGUAGAAAAGCAGUAGUAGUAAAUCAAGGCAACCUUGGUCAAUCAAUUAACAGCAAUCCGUAUUACGACGCUGAAGGCUCCAUUUCUAUAUUGGAAUUCUCCGGUGGAGACAUUGCUUAUGGCAGCGUUACAGCCACUACACUGGGCUUCACAGAAUUUAAUGAAAGAUAUGAAUCUUACAAACAAAGUGGGGUACGCUAUUUAUACAGAGGUUUGCCCCAGACCUCGUUUAAAAGUUCAUUCUCGCAGGAUGUGGAACCAAAAUCGGUUGUACUCAACACUGAUGAAACAGUGGCAUAUGUUACAUUACAGGAAAAUAAUGCCAUUGUGAGAGUUGACCUACUUACAGACAGCAUUAUUGAUAUUUAUGGGUUGGGAUCUAAGUCAUGGCUAGGCACUGGGUUUGAUUCUUCCUCUAAUGACGGGGGUAUCAAUAUUCGGCCUUGGAACAUCAGUGCCUGGUACCAGCCUGACGGGAUUCAGUACUUUAAAGGUUCAGACCCAGACCACGAGGGUUACCUGGUUACAGCCAAUGAGGGCAUGCAUAAAGUAUACCGUGUGGACGAAGAGGGUAUAACCUGGUCAGAAAACUGGGAAGGGAAAACAUUUCCAAGUGAAAACCUAGUCGAUAAGGAGAGAGUUCCUACAAAGGUGUCUGAUGGCCUGAAUAGCUACAGAUCUCUAGGUGGGUUACAAUUUAGCAAAGUCGAAGGGGAAAAUGAGAGAGGGAAGUUUGAUAGAUUUUAUACAUUCGGAGGUCGAAGCAUUUCCGUUUGGAACGCCAGCAAUAUGGCAUUAUUAUACGACAGCGACAGUGAAAUUGAGAUUCAACACGGACAGCAGUACCGCAAAAUAUUUAACAGUCACAUUGCAGAGGAAACACAAGUACCAAGCCAGUCAAAAGACACCAGAUCUACAUAUAGGGGGCCGGAACCCGAAUCGAUUGAACUGGUUGAAAUAGAAAAUAAACGAUAUAUGUUUGUUGGAAAUGAACGAAUUUCAACGAUUAUGGUGUAUUCUAUGGGCCUAGAUGAUACAGUGCCCGAGUUAGAGAGCAUUAACAGAGCUGGUGAUACCGACCGCACAUGGCGUCAACUCUAUGAGGAACGAAAUAUCGGUGAUAUAGAUCCUGAGGACCUAAGAUUCAUACCAUAUGACAAAAGUCCUACCUGCGAGCCCCUGCUGCUGGUCACAGGCGCCGCAAGUGGAACCGUCUCCCUCUAUGCAAUACAUGGUCUUCCGGAACCUCCCGCGGACAAACGAUGCAUACAGUACAACACUACAUACACAUUCACAACACCUGGCCCAACGAGACCCACCGAACCUAGUACAACACCACAAGUGACAACUUCUAUGUCUAGCCGGCAGACUACUAUUACAGCCAGGACACAGUCCACAACUUAUAAAGACGAUCAGAACACCAUUGAUGAGGAAAAUAUAACACCUGAAAUUGAGAAUACUACAGUUGAUUAUGAAAUGGAAGUGACUACAUUUGAGAGUGAAGGUGAAACAACAACUGAAUAUGAUUUUACGGAAGAUGGUAAUGUGACUCCAAUGGAAGAAACUACUCCUGUUGAUCUUGAAACAAUUGAGAUGAGUACUAGCACAAUAGCCAGAUCACCUACAACCAUCAAACCAACCACGAUUGAGAGCACAACACAGAGCACUGGAACAAAAAUUCAAACUACAGAGAGGGCCACAACAACGAAAAGUCCCAUAACAGAGAAAGUCACAACAGCUGGAACCCCAACAACGGAGAGAGUCACAACAGCUGGAACGCCAACAACAGAGAGAGUCACAACAGCUGGAACCCCUACAACGGAGAAAGUCACAACAGCCAGUACCCCAACAACGGAGAGUGUCACAACAGCUGGAACCCCAACAACAGAGAAAGUCACAACAGCCAGUACCCCAACAACAGAGACAGUCACAACAGCUGAAACCCCAACAACAGAGAAAGUCACAACAGCUGGAACCCCAACAACAAUGAGAGUCACAACAGAGAGAAUCACAACAGUUGGAACCCCAACAACAGAGAGAAUUACAACAGCUGGAACCCCAACAACAGAGAGAGUCACAACAGCUAGAACCCCAACAGCCAGUACCACACAAGCAACAACUGGAGCGUUCCCAGGAUUUUUCCAGCGGGGUGUGCCUCAUCAUCACUUGAAGCCUAGCUUCUCCAAUUCUUUCGCCAGAGCACAUAGUUCUUCUUUCCUCCGAGACUCCUUUACCUCAGCACCUUGA